CAGGAACUACCGGCUAAUAUAAAGUUGCUAAGCUAACGUUAGCCGACCGGUGGGCUAAAAACACACCAUCGUUUGUCUAAUUUUACCGUAUUAAAUAAUUACCGUUCAGUCAAACUCGGUUUACGGUCAUAUCAGUCGCUCUCACCGGCUGUUUGUCUCCGAUAUCAGGAAAUAUGUCUUCUGCCCCGUCUGACCCUACUCUGGAGAGACAUUUCAAGGGUCACAGGGACAAUGUUACAAGUGUGGACUUCAGCUGCAACAUGAAACAAAUUGCCACAGGCUCUAUGGACUCAAGUGUGAUGAUCUGGAACAUGAAACCUCAGAUGAGGGCGUAUCGUUUUGAUGGACACAAAGAUGCUGUCACUUCAGUUCAGUUUUCUCCCUCUGGCCACCUGGUGGCAUCUGCCUCCAGAGACAAGACUGUACGUCUUUGGGUGCCCAGCCUGAAGGCUGAGUCAACAGCUUUCAAGGCGCACACUGCCACCGUGCGCAGUAUAAACUUUUCUGCUGACGGGCAGAAUCUGGUCACAGCCUCCGACGACAAGACCAUCAAAGUGUGGACUGUCCACAGACAAAAGUUUCUCUUCUCUCUCAACCAGCACAUCAACUGGGUCCGCUGUGCCAAGUUUUCUCCAGACGAUCGUUUGAUUGUAUCGUCCAGUGAUGAUAAGACUAUAAAGCUGUGGGACAAGAACAGUAGAGAGUGCAUUCAUUCUUUCUAUGAACAUGCUGGUUAUGCAAAUCACGUGGACUUCCAUCCCAGUGGAACGUGUAUAGCUGCAGCCUGUACUGACAACUCUGUUAAAGUCUGGGACAUCAGAUCCCAUAAGAUGCUCCAGCACUACCAAGUUCAUAGCGGUGUGGUGAACAGCUUGUCUUUCCAUCCGGCUGGUAAUUUCCUCAUCACUGCAUCCAGUGACUCCACAAUGAAGAUACUGGACCUUGUAGAGGGCAAGCUACUGUACACGCUGCACGGACACCAGGGUCCAGUGACCUGUGUGGCCUUCUCCAGGACAGGAGAGUAUUUCUCCUCUGGAGGUUCUGAUGAGCAGGUAAUGGUGUGGAAGAGUAAUUUUGACUGCGCUGAAGGCAUCGAUGACUUCAGGCUGCAACAUAAAGCUGCUCCCAGCCUGCAGGCAGUAGGCAGCUCCACGGCUCAGCCCCCCCUCACCCCCUCUGAGCACCGCAGCCAGGCCUGCGACCCCUCAGAACAUGCAAACGGUCAGGACUCCCACACAAAGAGCGGCAGUCGCAGCCAGAGCAGAGCGACUCGCUCACAGACCUUCGGACCCCUCAGCUCCAGCUCUUCCUCCACCCACCAGACACAGACCCCGGGUUUACCGCCGCAUUCACCCCAGGUUCAAGCACUGUCCCAGGCCUCGGAUGGGGGGGUCCCUCCUGGUCUGGCCAGCACCCUGGAACACAUCAUUGGUCAACUGGAUAUUCUCACUCAGACGGUUUCGAUCUUGGAGCAGCGGCUGACGCUGACAGAGGACAAGCUCAAGGAGUGUUUGGAGAACCAGAUGGAGAUCGGUCUACAUCUCCAGAGACGUGAGGAGGCCUAAAGAUGGCGGCACCAGAGAGAGGUUGAAGUGUGGUGUGAGGGAAAUGGGGGUCACACCAACACUACUCACAGAAAGACAUCUAGCGAACACGCCAGUUGUUACAUCUCACUGAAAAUGUGCGAUCUUGCACACUUGAACAAUGCACACUGAGCCUCACUGCUGAUGUACUGCGCCUGGUUAUAUUACAAAGAGAUAUCUGAAGUGAAGGAGUUGAAUAUUAGAGAAGUUGUUCUUUUACAAGAGUGCUGAGAGAGCAGUCCGCUUUCUGCUGACAAAGGAUCUGCUGCGAGUCACUUUGUGAGUGUGCAAGCGUCUGUGUGUGUGCGUGUUUCAAUGUGUGUGCACAAAAUGGUGUCCUGUGUAGAUACAUGCAAGAGACUUUCAUACUUGCCUUUGCACUACACAUGUGGACAUCUUGAACUCUAUUUGUGUAUGUGGCGUGCAGUUCAUGCAGAAUGGCAUCAGUAGAAAACACAAAUACUUCAGUUCCCUCAACCAACAUCUCAAAAUGCAUGAUAUUUAUUUGAGUUGUAUUGAGACCAGCACAAUCCUUUUUAAAUUGAACAAAGAGUAAUUGAAAAGUUAUUUAAAGUGUGCUGUCUAUGGAUGCUUCAUGUUUGUUCACCUGUUUGUUGGACAUUAGUAGAAGCACUGGUUUAAAUCAACUAACUUAACCUUUACCGCGGAGCCAACAAAGUACCUUACCAAAUUGGUAAGUUUGUUACAGUUAUUAAAGAAUAUCUCUUAUGUUAUAUUUUAUUUUCAACAAGUCCUGUUAAAAUACUAAAAAGCAACAAGGAAUUUAUUCAGACAGGCUAGGAGGGUGGCAACGUAUUGAGAGAUGUACUAACACAUAGUUGGCUUUGGUUUUCUGAUUUGUUGAUCAUAAAACUAAAUAUAAAAUAACUUCAGUAGUUUAAAAGAUUUCGGAGUUUAUAGCAACCGAUUGUUGAAAGAUAAGCAUCUUGUUCCAUCCACAUACACUGUGUCUUAAACUUUUAUACUCUGAAAG